AUGGGCGGUGUAUAUUUGAGAUACAAGGAUCCGGAAAGGGUCGACAGGAUGUUGAAAAGCGGUGAGUUUGAAACGAAUAACAGGGCUGCACUAUCAGCAAUACAAUACCGAUUUUACCGUCAUUUGUCUGCUAUAGACCCUUUGUUAUCUCACAGUUUGUUAGAUAACAAAACGGGUAAAAAGUUUCACGGUAUUAAGAUUUACAUCGCUCUUUUAGCAUCACCACAUGCCGCCGGUGAACUACGGAGAUACGAACUUGGAGAGAUUACUUCUAAACAAAUGAUCGCAGCUUUUCGUGCACAGCUAGGUUCCCUAAAAUCGGCUGGAGGAGUGUCGGAUGUAAUCGCUGCAAAAGUAAGCAUCGAUAUUUUAUACCUUCCUUGUCAAUUUUACAUGUUCUACCAGCUACAGUGGGGGACCUGAUCCAGUGGCAAAAACGUCCCAUUAUGCAUCCGGGAAGUAUUUAAAAUGUGACAAAAACCCCACACUCUAAGCGAAAAAUGCGACCUUCGAAACGAAUUUUUCUCACUUGGAAAAGGAGGCAUUUUGCCACAUUUUUUGAUGUUUCCCGGACGCAAAAUGGCACGUUUUUUGCCACUGGGUCGGGUCCGUCAUUGUAAAUCCUUUACCAUUUCAACUGUUAAAACAUGAACCUGCUCUUUCAGGACGCAAACAUUAUACAGGCAAUCGAAAAGCUUCGAGAUGGCGGAUAUACGGUUGGCCUUCUUACGAACGUCGGCUACAGCGAUGAGAGCUUCUCCGAAACGGAUGUAAGAGGCAUAGACAAAAGUCAUUUUGAUGUGAUUGUGGAGUCAUGCAAGGUGAAGCUGCGCAAACCCGAUCCUAGAAUUUUUAUGGUAAGUCAUUCUCUUUGUUAUUUCUUGCCGUAAUAUUUCAUUUUUUUAACAAAUCUUCUUUGUUAGCUAACCGCGGAAAAGGUUGGCGCCGCGCCUGAGGAAUGCAUAUUUCUCGACGACCUCUGGGCAAAUUGCAAAUCAGCUGAGGCCUGUGGAAUGACUGCAAUUGAGGUGGUCCGUGGAGACACACAAACCGCAGUGAAGACGUUGGAAGGGCUCUUGGGGAAGCAGUUGUCAUAA